UUUGAUCGUCAGCUUGCUCCUUGCUCCUGCUCCUCGAACCCGUCCUUCCUCUUCCUCCCUCCUUGCCGAUGCCCUUCCUUGAGCAGCUGUGGAAGGCGUCCCCUGUUUUCGUCGAAUCCGCCUAAACUAAAGUCAUCAUUCCACCUCGAAGACCGUCUUCCUAGUUUUCUCACGAGAACUACCUCUCGGGGCUUCACCCUUCUUCGUCGUCUGCUUCGCCUCAUAUGUCCAAAUGGACGGGCCUCGGUUUGAAGACUUCAUCUUUCCCGGCCAGGCCCUUCACGAUGAAAGCUCCAUGAUCUUCCUGGAGGAACCAGACCGUGUUCCCGAUGUCUUUCCGACCUCCGAACCCCAACAAUAUCCCUCCCCCCACACUGCCGGCUGCUCCCAGGCCCAGGGCGCAAGGCAGAACUCUGCCGCCGCCUCCGCCGGCACUUCCUCAACACCCCAAGGGACCAACCCGAGCGACGUCGACCCGGGCCGCAGAAGGUCGAGUUUUGCCGUCGCUUCCGAAGACGGCAGCAGCCAGAUCAGCGGACCCAACGGUGGUAUGAACUCUCUCGAGGACCCGGGCGGUGACGAGUUCGGCCUCAACACGCAGAGCGCCAGCAGCGGCACCGAUCUUCUGGCCGGGAAACCCAAGGAAGACAAGUCCGCCACCGCCCCUCCGUGGAGCGAGCUGAAGACGAAAGCCGGCAAGGAGCGCAAACGUCUGCCCUUGGCCUGCAUAGCCUGCCGUCGGAAGAAGAUCCGCUGCUCCGGCGAGAAGCCGGCCUGCAAGCACUGCCUGCGUUCCCGGAUCCCCUGCGUCUACAAGGUCACCACCCGGAAAGCCGCUCCCCGCACCGACUACAUGGCCAUGCUCGACAAGCGCCUGAAGCGGAUGGAAGAGCGCAUCAUCAAGAUCGUGCCCUUGCGCGACCGGGAUGCCUCCGUCGCCUCCGUCGCCCGCGCCGUUGUCAAGCCUGCCGUGCCCGGAACAAACCCCGCCUCGAGAGCCUCGACGAAAAAGAGACCGGCCGACGAGGCUUUCGGCCACGAUUUGGACAACUGGGCACGCAGGCCGUCGAAAAGCGAGUCCGAGGUCCCCAACAAGCCGACGUCCCUUCAAAUUCAGGAAGCCGAGGAGAACAAGCUGUUUCGAGAAGGAUCGGAUGCCCUGCCGUCAAAGGAGAUUCAGGAGCAUCUCGCCGAGGUUUUCUUCGAGAACAUCUACGGCCAGGCUUACCAUCUGCUCCACAAACCUAGCUACAUGCGGAAACUAAAAGCUGGCACUUUACCACCCGUGCUGAUCCUCUCGGUAUGCGCUGUAUCCGCGCGUUUCUCUACCCACCCGAAACUGAACACGACCCCCAACUUCCUUCGAGGCGAGGAAUGGGCCUCGCAUGCCCGCGAAAUCUGUACCACGAGAUAUGAAUGGCCCAACAUCACCAUCCUAACCUGUCUCUUGAUCCUCGGCCUUCAUGAGUUCGGCACAUGCCACGGAGGGAGAAGUUGGGCUCUCGGCGGUCAGGCCAUCCGCAUGGCCUUCGCCCUCCAGCUUCACAAGGACUUGGAACACGAUCCUUUGAACCACAAGAACGGGACUUCGCAGCUGAGUUUCAUCGACCGCGAAAUCCGGAGGAGGGUCAUGUGGUCAUGUUUCAUAAUGGACCGUUUCAACUCUUCAGGCACCGACAGGCCUAUUUUCGUCAGAGAGGAGACCGUCAAGAUACCCCUUCCCGUCAAAGAAAAGUAUUUCCAGCUUGAUAUGCCCGCCCACACUGAGACACUGCGCGGGGAGGCUCCCAAUCUUUCCGACUCGGAAGAAGCUCAAGCUCAACUGGUCUCCGAUCCCAAGGACAACCUCGGCGUGGCGGCAUACAUGAUCCGAUCUAUAGCUCUUUGGGGGAGAAUUAUCAGCUACCUAAACCAGGGAGGAAUCGAUCUGGACUCGAGUCCGAUCUGGAGCCCCGAGUCCGAGUACGCGAAACUGGUCAGGGACGCCGAGGAACUCACAGCUACUCUUCCGGAAACCCUGAACUACACCCGCGACAACCUCCACCUGCACGAUACCGAAGGCAUGGCCAACCAGUUCCUCUUCUUGCACAUCUCCAUCCAGCAGAAUAUCCUUUUCCUCAACCGAGUCGCCGUCGCCACUCCGGGACGCCCCGCAGCGAAGGAUGUCCCUCAAGAUUUCGUCUCCAACGCAGGGGCCAAAACGUUCACCGCGGCGAAUCGCAUAUCCGAAGUGCUCAAGGAUGCCGAGGCCCACCUCGUGUCGGCACCAUUCGUGGGCUACUGCGCCUUCUCCUCCGCCACGAUUCACAUCAUCGGCAUCUUUUCCGGAAGUCCCGCCGUGGAGGCCGCCGCCAAGAGGAACCUGACCACGAACGUCAAGUAUCUCUCGAAGAUGAAGCGCUACUGGGGCAUGUUCCACUUCAUGUCGGAGAGCCUCCGGGACCAGUACCGUAGCUGCGCCGAUGCAGCGCGGCAAGGCGGCCGGACCGCCAAGAGCGCGACGGCAUCCCCCAUCUUCCAGUACGGCGAUUGGUUCGACCGCUACCCGCACGGAGUCUCGCAGACGGGGUUCGGCGACCCGGUGACGGUCAAACAUAAGGAGAAGGGGGUGGAUGCUGUUCUGGAACAAAAGGCAGAGUUGCAUACGGUUGAGGAGCUUUUCACGAGCAUUUCUCCGCCGCCACAAAGCACGGGGAGCAUGAAAGACCCGGGACAACAGCCGCCACAGAAAAAGAAGCUUCUGGUGAACAGGACAACCCCGGGUACGGGUGACCCACAGCAACGCCCGCAGCAACAUAAUAAGCAAGGGCAGCUCGAGCCUCUGUUGACCGACUUCAACGGCGUGCCCAUGGACGGAGCGCGGUCCAAUCCCAACGGCACGGGAGCAUCUCAUGCCAACAGAAUUCCCGGCCAGUUGGGUUCGCAAGCGAACGGAUACAACCCGCCGCUCAUGAUGUCGCAGUCGCAAAACAAUUCAUACCAUGCCAUGUCGCCCGUCAGUCCGAUCGGCGCCAACCAGUUCGGGACGCCGACGCCGGCCCAUCACCACCACCACCACCACCACCAAGCCGCGUCGAACCCGUUUUACUCACCCGAUCUCCUGUCGCUGUCCUUGACCCAGCAAGCAAACGGCAUGCUGCAACCCUUGGACCGACAGCUCGUCUUCGGGGGCUACUCGACGGAGCCGGGCAGUCUUGCGCAGCAGCAGCAGCAGCAACAGGCGCUCAUCAACGCCGUGGCAGACUGGGACGGCUUGUCCGCCGCGAAUCCGCAAGCCGCGGCGAGGCUGUUGGCGGCACAGCGGUCCGGCAUGGGCGGUCGGGUGGCCAACCGUCCCGGCGGGAUGCUGCAAGGCGCCGCGGCGGCCCACCAACAGCUUCAACAUCAGCACCAGCAACGGCACCAACAGCAUCUUUCGGGCUAUGUGGGCAGCAAUGGCGGCGGCGGCGGCGGCGGCGGCGGCGGGGGAGGUGCCCACGAGGCGUCGAGCGCGUGGUUCAUGCCGUUCAAUAUGGAGCCUCCCGAGAUUGGGCACGACUUUGGCGGCAUCUCGCUCGACGGGCUCGUCAUGGGUCCUAACAGUCCCGCACCCGGGAGUGGACCUGGAGGAGUGUUCUCUGCCGGAGGGCAGUGAGUUCAAUUUUUUGGAGCCUCUUCGAAUCGGUGUCGGGGGGUUGAAGCACCGGACGCUCAUAUCAUGUACUAUUACCAUUCCAUUUGCGCGUGGAGGAUCUAUCAAAAUCUGUGUAGAAUCUAGGGGAAGAGGAACGAUCGUCCUUUCUGCUGGCCCGACGGCCGGUGAAGCAGAGGGUACUGAGAUUUCUUGGGGGUUUUUUGUCUUGCAUGGAUAUUACCAAGGGACGCAGCUCUUGUUCGUUUUUAAGGGGGUUUCUUUUCCGAAGGAGUAUAUACACAAUUGGCUAGCAAGGAGCUCGGGGGGC